AAAAUGUCAGAGAAUAAAACAUCUAUUCGAAAAAAGCACAUGGAAUUCACACCGAUGGUUCCAGAAACAACAUUUCAAUACGCAGAUCUUAGCAUCAAACAUAUUGAUGCCGAAAAUACACUUGCGAUGGUGAGACGAGCUAUCCGAAUGGGCUACGACGCCGUAGCAAUUAAUAUUGAUUUGGGAGAUAUUUCCGAUUAUUAUACAGAACUCGACAUGCUUUGGACACCAGGAAGUCAGAAUAAUGUCGAUGGGGAACCUCCGAAGAAAAAGAAAAAGAAACAACAACGAAAAGAUGAGUUGGCAGAUGGAAUUGCUGGAAUUUUAAAGAAAAAGCUGAUCCCGCCACCGCAUUACGUGGAUGUCAGUCAAUUGAAUACUUCGGAACUCGAAAAACGUGGAAAAGUGUUCCGUCAAUUCAGUAGAAUUACAUUUACUGCAAAUGAGCAAGUAGUUAUCAAUAAAGUUUUCAUUCACCCAACUAUUUUGUCCUACGACAUCGUUGCCGUUCGCCCGGGCGAGCCAUCAGUACUUGACACACUUUCACGAAAAACUGAGCUUUUCGAUAUUAUCACAAUUGAUCAUUUGGAGGAAGAAAGGAGAAAAUGGUUGUCAGUGUCGAAAGUGAUGGAUCGAAUUCGAAACGAUGGAGUUUUCUACGAAAUUGCAUAUGCAGAGAGUUUGAUGCCUGCCACACGGAAAAAUACAUUGUUCAACGGCCGAGUCCUGAUCAGAUCCCUAAAAUCGAAGAACAUAAUCUUCUCAUCCGGUGCUGAAACAAUGCUUGAUCUCCGUUCCCCAGUCGACGUGAUGAAUAUGUCUCUUUUGUGGGGUGUUGCAAAUAACGAAGCACGCAAAAUGAUUUCCGGUUUCCCGAAGAACCUUCUCCUUCAAGCGGAAUGCCGUGGAACUGGAAAUGGAGAUGUUUGUUCGAUGAAGUUGAGUGAUGCAGAAAAAUUGGCAGGAAAUGGAGAAGAAGAAGAGCAGGAUGGAGCUUCUGAAGAGAAGGUUGUUGUUGGAAAAGAAGAAGAAGCCGAGAAAGUGAAAGCUCCACCGAUUGAAGUUAGAAUGAAUCAUUCUCAAUAUCAGGCACUGCUACAGGCAACUAAAAAUGCUAAUGAUAUGAUGAAGAAAAUAAAAGCAUCGAAAGCAGCUUCAUCGUCUUAAUUUACUCUUUUUUGUUAUCUAUCCUUCCGUUCGUCGUUACUUUUGCCACUGUUUUUCAUAUUUAUUCAUUUUUCUGUUGUUGUUGUUCUCAGCCAAUCGGUUUUUAUUUUUUUAAAUUCAAAAUAAACAAUUUAAAGAAUAAAC